UGUGGUAUUGGAGAUCUGGAUGCGCAACCAUGACGGCUCAACCUCUAGCUCGCGGGAGUACAUCCCGGCUUGCAAUAGGUGGUCAACAUGGUCCGGUGCCACACACCCUUUUGGGCUACGGGAUGGAGGGGACGGUGUUGGAACACAGAGAUUUCUUCUCCCGGGGGAGCUUCGCGCUUGUCAUUCUCAACAAUACUCUGCCAAAGGAGGCUCCCAUUUUGUGGGAGCUGGCUCGAGUGCGCGUUUGCGCGGAUGGAGGAGCCAAUCGAGUGUAUCGCGAGAUGCCCUCCCCUGCCGAAAGAUUCGUCCCGGAUCACAUUGUCGGCGAUUUGGAUUCUAUCGAGCCCAACAUCCGGGAGAUCUACGCCUCCAAGGGCAGCGAGAUCCUGGACAUGUCCAGUGAUCAGGACUCCACGGAUCUCCACAAAUGCGUGAGCUUCCUAAGAGAUUCCUCGCGCGGCGACGAAGUGGAGAGGAUCGUCGUGCUGGGCGCGCUGGGCGGGCGAUUCGAUCACGAGCUUGGCAACUUGAAUGUGCUGUUCGCGUUCCCGGGCUUGAGGAUCUGCCUGGCCAGCGACGAGAAUCUAGUGUUCCUCCUCCGCCACGGCGUCCUCCACGAGAUUAGGGCGAGAGUUGGCGCGCAUUGUGGUCUCGUCCCCCUGGGCGAGCGAUCCCAGAGCUCCACCACUACCGGACUGCGAUGGAAUCUCGACUCCACGGCGAUGGCGAUUGGAUCGCUCAUCAGCACUUGCAACGUCGUGGAGAACGAAGUGGUGAAAGUCCAGUCGGACGUGGACUUACUGUGGACUAUGGAGCGCUAAAAGAAAAAAGAGAUAAGUAGAUUCGGA